ACUCCCCAUCUGUAUCCCAAACUCGCACGUUACGUCGGUACGGCACGCGCCACAAUGGUGAAAGAUAAGUGACUUGGUGCGCAUCGAGCUGUGAACCGAAAGUCUGGUGUUUACAUGCGAAAUAGACUUCGCAUCCCAGUUUGUGUCUAGCCACCGCGGGCCCCGCUUGCCUCUGGAUUGUUUACAAGUGUCAAUGAAUUACGCAAGUUCAUCGAAAUUUUGUAGUGUCGUUCUGAUUUAAUUAUCUGAUCUGUGGUGUGCUUAAAGGAUAUUUUCCAGAUGCGCAAAACUUGGAUCUUUGGAUGUAACACUAAUUAAUAUAAUGAGCGGCGAAGCAGUGAAGAAAUGCUACUUAAGACUGAGAGGGUUUGCUUAUGCCUGGUCUUCCUAAUAACGAUUGCGUCGGCGCAGACAUUAUGUCCAGCUUCAGAGACGAUUCUUCCAUGCAUAUGCACCAAUCGAAACGAAGAUAUUCAAAUAUGGUGCACGCACAGCGAUUUGCCACAAGUAUUGAAGGGCGUACAAAAGAUCGGAGACACUGUCAGAAAAUCUAUAGAUGAGCUCAUUAUAGAAAACAACUAUUUACCUUCGCUACCUGGAAAGAUAUUCCAAAAUGUAAAGAUACUUCGUCUGAUGCUGCGGCAUAAUGGAUUGGAAAGGCUAUCCGUAGCAUGGCUGGAAACUCAGGAGACGAAUUUAGUUGAAAUAUUUAUAGUUGAAAAUGACUUAAAGAGCAUACCGUCGGAAAGUUUGAUGAAACUGCAAAACCUUCAAGCAAUCACUAUACAAUCGCACAAUCUAAAAAGGAUACCUGCCCUCACAGGAAUGCCUAGAUUGCGCUAUAUCAACGUCCAAUCCGGAAGUCUGAAUGCUGUGAAUGAGCGCACAUUUGAAGGUUUACCCAACGUGGAAAAGCUAUUUAUUAAAGGCAGUCCAAACCUUCAAAUUAUCAAAGAAAAUGCGAUCUAUAAUUUACCCAAAUUAAAGAAAUUAGAGAUAACCAACUGUGGCAUAAAUAUCAUUCACAUGAGAGCGCUGUCUCUUCUACCUAUGCUGACUGAGCUUUCUUUUAGCGACAACAAAAUAACGGAUGCAUCUAUGGUCGGAAGAGCUACAAGAGAUUUACCAGCUCUGUCUAUCUUAAAUCUUAAUAACAACUUAAUUGACAAAUUAAACGAAGGAGCCUUUGUAGACCAGGGAAUGUUGGCAAGCCUAUUCCUGUCAAAUAACAACAUUAAUGUAAUACACCAUGGAGCUUUUCAUAGAGUUCCUAAGUUGAGAGUAGUAGAUCUAAAUUACAACAACAUAAACCGCAUUCAUCCCGAGUCAUUCCUACAACAAUCUGGCAGUGGCGUAGAAGAAUUAAAUCUCAUCGGCAAUCAAAUAACGCAUAUUUCAGAAUUCAGAGCUUUGCUAGAUGCAUUACCUCGUUUGAGGUUUUUGGAUAUGAGUGAAAAUUUACUUCAGGAAAUUCCAAGAGGUGCUCUAAGAGGCCACCCGAGUUUGGAACGUCUACAUCUAAAUAAAAAUAACAUAAAGUUCAUACAAGCUGACGCAUUUAUGGCCAUGCCUGCCUUACGAGAAUUGCAUUUAAGUAAUAAUUCCUUGACUGAUUUUAAUGAAGGACCAUUUUGGAAUUUGCCCGCAUUAAAGGGUUUAGAUUUAUCAUUUAAUUACUUCCAACGUUUACAACCGAAGCUACUCUACAAUUUACCAUCCCUUAGAAGAAUUAAUCUAAGUAAUAAUCAAUUGACAAUGAUUGACCCGAUUACGUUUAUUGAGUCCCCGUUGCUAGAGUACGUAAACAUAUCAGGCAAUGCUUUAGUGUCCAUACAUCCUGCGACUUUAAGAAACCUGGCUAGCCUCUAUGAAAUUGACGCAAGUUACAACCGACUGAUGGAAUUUGUCCCUGGACUGCCGAGAGGUAUAGAAAAACUAUAUUUACAAAGGAAUCAGAUCACUAGCUUGCCAGUACCACCAUCUCUAGACUUGGAUCUACCGUCACUAAGAACAUUAGAUAUUUCGAACAACGGAAUACAAAAAAUGCCCCGUGCAAGUAUGAAAACUUUACAUAACUUACGUAGGCUGUAUAUGAGACGCAAUGGGUUAAGACAGAUAGAUCCGACGACCUUUGGAGACUUGGAGAAACUAGAGAUGUUAGACCUAGGUGAAAACCAGAUAAUAUCCGUUCACCCUAAAAGUUUUACAAAGCUCCAAUACUUGAAGCAAGUCAAUUUACAUGGUAAUACCAUUGAAAAUUUUGAUUUUAUGGCUGUACAAGACAAUGCCGCAUUAUCAAAACUGGAUUUUAGUAAAAAUAGACUGAAAAGUAUAAGUCCGAAUAUUGUAAAUAGAGCUCUCGACAUUGAAAUAUUGAAUAUCUCAUCCAAUAAUCUUGUAGAGUUACCUAUAUCUCUGAAUAUGCUACCAAAACUACGUCUAUUAGACGCCAGUUACAAUCAUAUUAAAUUUUUUGAUGGCAAUGCCAUCAAUAACAUCCAUACAUUGAAGGAAAUAAAUAUGGUGAACAACAAAGUUAAAGAACUACGUUCUGGUAGUUUUGAAGAUCUGAAAGAGCUAGAAACUAUACAUUUUGAGAGCAAUCAAAUAGAAAUCAUCCAUCCGAAAACGAUUAUUAAUCUCCCAAAUCUUGUUUCCAUACAUUUGAGCCGAAACCAUAUAAUAGAUCUACCGGAUAGAGUUUUUUCAAAUCUCCCAAAGUUAAGGAUUAUUGAGUUGCAAGGGAAUCGGUUGCAGUACAUCUCAUUGCGGGCAUUUGAGAACAUCCCUCUAGUUCAGUAUUUGAACAUGAGUAAUAAUCAGUUGACGAAUAUCGAUAAUUCAGGACUCCGGCAACUAGCAUCAUUGGAAGUAUUGGACCUGAGUUUCAAUAAACUGAACAAGAUCACAAGGGCUUCAUUUCAGUAUAUGGAAUGGCUGGUGGAGCUCAACCUAGACAAUAAUCUGAUAUGCUACAUCGGUGGCCAGCCGUUCGACUUCAUGCCGCGGCUAAAGGUGCUCUCACUGCAACACAACAAAUUGUCAACCGUCGGCGAACCGGUAUUUGCGAAGUUGAGAAAUAAUAUCGCCAUUUUGGAUAUUGAUGGAAACCCGCUUAUUUGCAACUGCAGAAUAGUUUGGUUAAAAUCCUGGUUAGCGGAAUCGUCCUCUAUAGGGCCCAAAUGUGCCGACGGAACCUACGUGAAGGGAAUGCCGUUCUCGAGAAGCGACUGCGCAAACACCCCUACAGGCGACGAAGAUUUGAGAUCGUGUGUAGCCCUCGAAAACGAAGCACUACUCCCUAAUUUAGCCACAUCUCAAGUUUUCUCUACUAUGGACAAAAUAAAAGACUACACCCAACAAAUAAAAAAUAACUACCACAUCAACAAACUUAACAGACCUUCUCCUGAAGAGUCAGAAUAUUUCUACGACGAAUACGUCGACUAUCCAUACAACGAAACACUUAUCGACGGACUAAACGAGAUAAACGCGCAAAAUAAAAAUAAGUCACAUUACACACCAGGAGACACGCCGACUCUUUAUGCUGAGAUGAAGAAUACAACUAAGAAAAAUCCCGCCCCUGAUGCAGGUAGCAGCGGCUUUACGUUCUUCGGGAUGCCUUUACCCACUAUCAACAUGGGACAGUUGCUUAACACGGGACGCAAGAUAGACUGGCAAGAGAACAAGCAACAAAAUCCUGCAGAUAAAUACCAAACACAUGAGCCUCCAAAGUUUGAAACAGGUGGCUUUUCACCCAUACUCCCAACUACAGCUACUGGUUUCAAACCAAUAACAAACCCUGACAUGAAUGUGUCACACAAUGCUGUCGCAAAUGUGGGUGAUGCAAAAUACAGCGCCAAAGGCAGUGUGCAACACAGUGUUGUAGGAACAUCAACAAAACCACCAGUAAACACAGUUCAGAGGAACUCUACACAUCAGAAAAUGAAGAGCGAAAUUCAUGAGAUUCAAGCAUUUUUGAAUGAUGAUAACAGUACUCAUGUAGCUUACAACAGAACUAAAGCUAUAGAGGAACAAAAGAUCGACCCUAAUAACAUCAGCAAGUACAAUCUGAUGGAAUCUAAUUUAACAGUGAAUCACAUAACGGAAAAAGAGGGCUUACUGAUUACUACAGACACCAGCAAUGACAUGUCUUUGCAGGCCUGGCUGGAGACAAGCACCCAGCCAUUCAUAAACCCUACUGUGACCUCUAAGCCCCCUAUAAAGAAACAUAUCGAAAAUAACCCACCAACAGCACUGUCAGCCAUUCUAGUACCAAACAAUGAGGAAUUAGCAAGAAGGAACUAUACUAAAAGGCCAGCCACUAUAACAAAAGUGACAAUGCCUCAUGCUGAGCAUUAUGACAAUCAUGACAACUAUUUGCCGGUAAUAAACAGAGAGGCUAAAACUAGGUUUUCUGAAUUGCCCAAUGUAGGGAAUACAAAGACUAGACAGGCGGAUGACAGAGACUGGUACUAUAAGAAUUACAAUAACUCUAAUUUAGAGCCAUAUGUUGCUCCAGGAGUGCACAACUCGGGCGCGGAUAUUGUUAAAGUUAAGAUUUACAUAGUUUUAGUUGGAUUAUGUUUGAAACUAUAUCAUUAGAAAGUAAAUGUGUUUCUUAUUGAAUAAAAUAAAAUGGGAAAUUAAAUUUUAAACUUGAGACUGAACAUGGAAA